UAAAAGCUCCGGACUAAUUAGUUAUAUUAUUUUUUUGCGGGAAAAUUGAAAUAAUUACACAGGCGGCGUUUGGCGCUCCGAAAUGAAAUAGAUAAGUUUUCGCAAUCGGUUUUCAGUUUUAGAUCGACGGGAAAAUGUUGCGGUUCUGGGGUCUGGCGGCUCUGUCUAUCCUUUUGGUUUUCGGUGAUGGGUACAUUAUCAAUCCGAAGAUAGGAAGACCGCAUAAUGCUAAGGUGUCGAAUAGGAAUGUGACGGCAGAGUCUUCUAUAAUUUUAUCACACGUCGUCAUUCUUCUUUUUUCACUGAUUUUUAGACAUGGCAAUCGGACUCCAGAAAUGUCAGAACGUUAUCCCACCGAUCCAUACUUAAAUUACACCUACUAUCCUUAUGGAAUUGGUCAACUCACUAAUUCUGGAAAGCGAAGAGAGUAUUCGAUUGGAUCAGCCCUAAGGGAACGAUAUGAUAAUUUCUUAGGGCAAUAUUACCAACCCGAUAUCAUAGAAUCGAGAAGUACGGACAGGAAUAGGACCAAAAUGUCUUUGUUGUUGGUACUGGCUAGUCUGUUCCCACCCAAAUGCAGGAUGGUAUGGGAUGGAGAGUUAAACUGGCAACCUAUUCCCUAUAAUUAUAUACCAGAAAAAGAUGACGCAGUUCUUUACGGCAUCUCUUGUCCUACCUACGUCGAGCAAUACGCCGAAGUACUGCAAAGCCCCGAAGUACAAGCGGAUUUAAGUCAGUACGCCACUGAGUUCAAUUACAUAGCAGAAAAUUCCGGUUUAAACAUAACAUCCUUCGAAGACGUUUACAACGUUUAUUUUGGCCUGUCGACUGAAGAAGAAUAUGGACUGACACUGCCCAACUGGACAGCGAGGGUAUGGCCGGAUUUAAUCAACGAGGUUUCUUUUAAGCAGUAUGAAAUAUACACCAAGACUACCAACUUGACAAAAAUGGCAGCAGGUUAUUUCAUUGAGAAAAUCUUAAAAGAUACACAAAAGAAAAUUGAAAACAGCACUGAAACGAAGAUUUAUCUAUAUUCUGCACACGAAAACAACUUGGGACAACUUUUCCAAGCUUUAAACCUAUUUGAGUACCCGCACAUACCAACCUAUGGAUCUUACGCAUUAUUUGAAGUUCAUUGGAUAAAUAAUACUUAUGGAUUUAAAAGUUUUUCAAACAUGCUUCGUCAAGCUUGGGUUGUCGGUCUGUUGCUGCUGUUCGCCAUCAGCUGGACUCAGGAAGAAGAGGCUUCUGGAAUGGAUCAGAGCACUUUGAUACUAACCCACGUGAUUUUCCGUCACGGUAACCGAACACCGGAUAUAGAACAUGAACUUUACCCUAAAGAUCCAUAUCUAAACGAACUUUACCAUCCAUACGGAAAUGGGCAGCUGACUAAGGUUGGAAAACACAAGGAGUAUGGUGUAGGUAAAGCACUCAGAGCGCGAUACGAUUCCUUCCUUGGCGACCACUAUUACCCUCAAAUCAUCGACGCCCACACCACAGAUUACAACAGAACUAAAAUGUCCCUGCAACUGGUUCUAGCCGGACUAUUCCCACCCAGGGAAGAGGAUAUUUUUGAGGAUGGAAUCAUUUGGCAACCUGUACCGUUUAACUAUCUGCCCAAAGACAGAGACAAAGUGUUGCUUGGAGUGUUGUGUCCUAAUUACUUGAGGAUGUAUGAAGAGGUGACACAAUCAGAAGAGAUUCAGAACAAGUUUGCUCAAUACACCGACGUAUUCCAGUACGUCUCCGAACAUACCGGUCUUAAAGUAACCAGGUUCUUCGACUUCUACAACUUGUACUUCGGCCUGUCCACCGAACAGGAAUACGGUUUCACCCUGCCGGACUGGACAAAAACCGUCUGGCCCAAAACCGUAACCGAUCUGGCUAUCCAAGACUACUUCGUGUCCAUGACAACCAAAGAAAUGAGACAGAUGGCCACGGGGUACUUCCUGGAUAAGAUCAUUGAAGACACGAAAAGGAAGAUAAUCAGCAGUGAAUGGCCUGGAAAGAAGAUGUACUUGUACUCGGCUCACGAGAACAACAUCGCUGAAUUGCUGAUCAGUUUGAACGUGUUCGAUAAGUGGCACGUGCCGAAUUACGGGUCAUGGGUGGCGUUGGAGAUACAUUUUGUUAAUAACAUCUAUGGCGUAAAGGUUUUCUAUGAAAAUCAUACAGGAAAUGGCCCACAGUUACUGUCGAUACCAGAAUGUGGAAGUUUCUGUCCUCUGGAUAAAUUCAUUGGUCUUACAAGUGAAUUCAUACCGCCAGAAGAUCUAUGCGGCAUUGAAUGAAGAACAAAAUACCUAGUUUACACAAAUAAUUGGAGAAUCAAGUGAAUGCAAUAGCAAUUGUCGGUGAAAAGCCAACUUGUUGAAUCUCUUUUAUAUUUAUUUUUGUAUAUUAUCAAAAAAAAUAAAUCGAAAUAAAAUGAUU